UGUCAGGAAGGCGGGCCUCCUGUGUUGUAUCUAGAAAAAAAGCUGAAAGAAAGAAACAGUCGUUUUCCUCUUUCGUUUUUACUAGCUAGCUGCCUAGUUAGAGGAUCUCUAUCGGUUGAUCCUUCUCUAAACACAGAGGAAAUAUCCAGACCAUUCCUCAAUGGGAAAAGACUAAUCAUGUUCAGCUUUGAGGGUGAUUUCAAAACAAGGCCCAAGGUAUCCCUUGGGGGGGCAAGUAGAAAGGAGGAGAAAGCAUCACUUCUUCAUCGGACUCAAGAAGAAAGACGGAAACGUGAGGAUGAACGACGAAGACUGAAAAAUGCCAUCAUAAUUCAGUCCUAUAUCAGAGGAUACCAGGACCGGAAACAGCAGCACUCCAUCCAGAGGGGGCGGUUUGACCACUGCAUGUGCCAGGCUCAGUCUGCUGGGGCCCCGCCACUGUCAGACCCGUCUGCCCUCAGCUUCCUCGUACGGCAGCUGUUGUUUUUCUACAGGCAGAGCGAGGACACACAAAGACUGAUAUGGAUGUGCCAGAACCUGGUGAAGCACCACGCCCAGUUUGUAAGCCUCCUGGGGGGUCCAGAGAGGCAAACGUGUGUCUUUCAGAUCAAGAGGAUGCUGGGACACUGCUGCAGACUGUUGCAGCUGUGCAGGGAUGACAGUUUGAAUGUGGCUGUGCCCAUGAGGAUGCUGGAGGUCUUCUACUCAGAAAGAACCUAUGUGUCUGUUCUGCAGGAUGCUAACUGUGUAACAGCGCUUAUUGAGCAAAUUUUGCACUAUAUGGUUCAAAAAGGAUACUACAAGUCUCUUUAUAUUUUGGUGAAUCACAAGUUGCCAUCGAGUUUGGAGUACAGUGAUGUCCCCUCAACCCCCUUGGCCAGCACUUUGCUGGAGCACACACUCAAGCCUCUGCACUUUAACUAUACCUCCUGUUCAGCGGAUGCCAGGCAGUAUGUGUUCUCGGCCUUCACAGAGGAGUUCAUCUCGGUUGCGUUUACUGAGCAGGUGUUCCACUUCUUCAUCCCCGCACUGUCGGACCCACGGCUGGCCUUCCCAUUCCAACCCUUCCUGGCCUCCCUGCGGGCCACCGUAGUUUCCUCCGCCACCAUGCAAGCACAGGCCCCCUGGCUCCUAUACUUUGUUCUCUCCGUUGGAGAGACUAACCUAGGAUGUCUAUCUGAAGAAGGUCUGCUGCUGUACCUGAGUGCCCUGCAGACUCUGCUUCCACUGCUCCCUGUGUCUGAUAGCACCAGAAGAGCUGAGGUCACCAGUGACUCUGAGGACGAGGAGGAGACCAACAUGCACUCCCGCUCCGCACAUGACGACUGUCGGAUCUCGGUGCAGCUGAUCACGGAGGAGUGCAUUCUGAAGCUGGACACCAAGCUGCAGACCAACGCGCUCCUGACGCUGGUGUGGAGGGACUCUGCCAGCGAGGAGGUGUUCACCAUGAUGGCCUCCAUCUGCCACACACUCAUGGUGCAGCAUCGCAUGAUGGUGCCCAAAGUCAGGCUACUGUACAGUUUGGCCUUCAACGCCCGGUUCCUCAGACAUCUCUGGCACUUGAUCACCUCCAUGACCACCACAAUGAUCACGGGCUCCAUGGUUCCUCUGCUGCAGGUGUUGUCUCGUGGUUCCCCCAUGUCGCUGGAGGACUCCAACCGCAUCAUCCCCCUCUUUUAUCUCUUCAGCUCGCUCUUCAGUCACGCCCUCAUCUCUGUGCACGACUCCGAGUUCUUUGGCUCCUCCCUUCCAGGUUCUGAAGAUGAUGUGUACAACAACUCAGGGCAGAGCCCGUCGUCCUCUAUGAUGCCCUUCUCCCUGACUGAGCUGGUGUCCCUAUCGCGAUGCAUGCGGGACGCCGGCCUGGGCAUCAUCAAGCUGGCCUACCCCGAGACUAAGAGCGAGCAUCGCGAGGAGUACGUGGCGGCCUUCCGCAGCGUAGGGGUCACCACCAACGCCGCUGUUCAGCAGCGCAUCCAGGCCCAGCAGAAGCGCUGGGUGCAGCUCUUCAAGGUGAUCACAAACUUGGUGAAGAUGGUGAAGGCACGGGACAUCAGGCGGCCUUUCUGUCCCCGAGGGCACUGGCUCUCUCAGGAGGUCAACAUUAGUGCUGAUAAGGUCACUCAGCUCUAUGUCCCUUCAGCACGGCACAUGUGGAGGAUCAGGAGGAUGGGCCGCAUCGGACCCCUGCAGUCCACCCUCGAUGUGGGGCUGGAACCUCCUCAGCUGUCCGUGUCGGAGGAGCGGCACCUGGCCAUCCUCACGGAACUCCCAUUCGUGGUGCCCUUUGAGGAGAGAGUCAAGAUCUUCCAGCGUCUCAUCUACGCAGACAAGCGGGACGUGCAGGGGGACGGACCUUUCCUGGACGGCAUCAGCAUCACCAUCCGCAGGAACUAUAUCUACGAGGAUGCCUAUGACAAACUGUCCCCAGAGAACGAGCCCGACCUGAAGAAGCGCAUCCGGGUGCACCUGUUAAACGCCCACGGCUUGGACGAGGCCGGGAUCGACGGCGGCGGAAUCUUCCGCGAGUUCCUGAACGAGCUGCUGAAAACAGGCUUCAACCCCAACCAGGGCUUCUUCAAGACCACCAACGAGGGCCUCCUCUACCCAAGCCCCAGCGCAGACAUGCUGGUGGGCGACUCCUUCACCCGCCACUACUACUUCCUGGGCAGGAUCCUGGGGAAGGCCCUGUAUGAGAACAUGCUGGUCGAGCUGCCGUUUGCCAGUUUCUUUCUGUCCAAGCUGCUGGGCACGAGUGCGGACGUGGACAUUCAUCACCUGGCCUCACUGGACCCAGAGAUGUACCGGAACCUUCUGUUCCUCAAGAGCUACGAGGAAGAUGUGGAGGACCUGGGCCUGAACUUCACCAUCGUCAACAAUGACCUCGGAGAGGCUCAGGUGGUUGAGCUGAAGCCGGGCGGCAAGGACAUCCCAGUGACCACGGCAAACCGGAUAGCCUACAUCCAUUUAGUGGCUGAUUACCGCCUGAACAAACAGAUUCGACCGCACUGCCUGGCCUUCCGGCAGGGCCUGGCCAAUGUGGUCAACCUGGAGUGGCUUCGCAUGUUUGACCAGCAGGAAAUACAGGUGCUGAUUUCUGGUGCACGUGUACCCAUUUGCCUUGAUGACCUAAAGAAAUUCACUAACUAUUCAGGUGGCUACUCGGCGACCCACCCGGUGAUCAAGAUCUUCUGGGAGGUGGUGGAGAGUUUCACAGACGAUGAGAAGAGGAAACUGCUCAAGUUUGUCACCAGCUGUUCACGCCCACCACUGCUUGGCUUCAAGGAGCUGUACCCGGCCUUUUGUAUUCACAAUGGCGGAGCUGACCUGGAGAGGCUACCCACCGCCAGCACCUGCAUGAACCUUCUGAAGCUCCCAGAGUUCUGUGACCAACACCUGAUGAGGAACAAGCUGCUCUAUGCCAUCGAGUCCUCCGCAGGCUUCGAGCUCAGCUGAGGAAAGGCCUUGGGUGGGUUGCCACAGCAACUCUACAGACCUGGACAGGAAGUGAAGUUGGUGUUGGUUUCAGUGGUGGUGAUUGUUGUGAAAGUGGAGUUUGGUGACCACCACGACAAUCACAAGAGGAGAAACGUGAUCAAGACAGGCUGUGCUUGUCUGUUGAAAGGCUGCAGUGAUUGGCUGAGGACAUAAAACAAAAUCACCAAUCACAGCACAGAUAUCUUUGGGUGUUUUUUGGAAUUCCUGACUGUUGAAGCACUCUAAAAGGCACUAGGUGGACAUUGCAUAACAGGGGAAAGGACAUUUAGACAUUUUAUUUUAAGAUGAUGUAACAUGUAUUUUAAAGAAAACCUACAGUAUGUAUUGAAAAAAAAAAUGGAAUGGCUACUAUAGAUAUUAGUUGCUUUUGUGCAAAACCUACAUCCUACAGCCAAGAUUACACUUUUGGGAGUUUGCACGCUAAAAAUAAAAUGUAAGAAAUGUACCUAUCCAAUGGCAAAUUCACCAAAGAUUUAGCUGAUCUACCACAAUCAGAUGCUUUUCAGCCUUGUUAACAGAAAUCCUCAACUUUGUGAUGGUAAAAGAAAAACUCAAGCUUUAGUUACACUAACACAAGCAGACAGAUACGCUAUAGUAGACAUGCUAACACAUCGGCCUCAAUGAUAUUUGUGACGGCAGUAACAUCUCUCAAAGACCACUGAAGGAAAAGCCUUGAACAAUUUUGUCGUGUUAGCGUUGGUCUCCGCUGAAUGACAAAGAUAACACAGGGGGCUAAACAUGUUAGCGAUGCUAACAGAAGAGGCUGGUCAAGAUUUACCGCUCACUCAACCAAGCAGUUGGAGCACGUUCAAACAUUAAAUGGUCGGAGGUCAUGGAGCAGUAGGUCUUUGGGGACGGUUUCAGAUGCUGAUGCUGCAGAGAGCAGGCACCGUGCUGCCCAGCCACACGCCCUUUCCUACCAGGGGCUACUCAAGGCUUCUCUUUGAUUUAAGCCUGCAUGACUGAAGCAUUAACCAAUAAUAGCAUAUAUUUUGUGUGAUUUCCAUAUUGGUAAUUAAUAUGACCAGUAUUACUUGGCAUCAUGACGUUUUCUGUCUUUUUAGGCAUUCUUUACCAUGUCAAGUAAGGUUGAUGACUUUGGAUCUUGACCAACAUAUAAGCACGUUUUGUGGUGGCAGUGUGGCCAAUGGUAUUUGCCCAUAUGUACAUGUCAACACAUUUUCUGUGUGCUACUACUUUGCACAGUGUGUUUGUAUAGAUUGUAUUUUCCCUCGGCCAUGAUCCCGUUGUGUUUGGGAUAAAGGCUGAAUCCUGAAGUCAGCUGCUUACUCUUAAAAGUGAACACAGUCCCAUGUGCCCUCAAUAACAGUUUGUCUUGAAGUAACAGUCCCUUCCGUACAGAGUGUGGAGAUCUGUGUACCCAUGUCACGGGAGGAAGAGUGUAAAUGGAUAUGGAUUAAAAAGUUGUUUUUAGUUCUUUUUUUGCAA